UGUUUGCGUGUUCAGGUACACCUGCAUGGAGCAGGGCGACAGAGAAGGCCUUGUACGGAAUUUGAGUUCCCACUGUUGUCAAAGCCGGCAUACUUGAACCCAGCCUCGCCGCAACACGGUGGUGAGGUGAGUGUGAGUGUGGUUGGUACACCUGAGCAGGUGUAGCGGAGUGGCAGACACGCACAAACACAAGCAAACAUGUCGGCUGAAGUGGACCUCAUCGGCCAGCAGGCCAGAUCGAAGGAAGGGCGGGGGUUGUCUGUGAGAAGCGGAGACAGUGACAAGUGGAUUACCAUUCAGAAGAACACCUUCAUGAACUGGGUCAACCUGCAGCUCCACGACAGUGGCUACACAGUGGAUAACUUCGAAACCGACUUUGAUGAUGGAAUUAAGCUGUGUGCGCUGGUGGAAGCUCUGCAGCAGAGGAAGAUUGGCAAGGUGAUCAAGAAGCCAAUUAACCAGCACCAGUGCCUAGAGAAUGUGACCCUGGCCCUCAAGGCUAUUGCUGAUGAUAAUGUUCGGCUUGUUAAUAUCGGAAGCGAAGAUGUCGUCAAUGGCAACCUGAAGCUGAUCCUGGGGCUGGUCUGGCACCUGAUUCUGCGCUACCAGAUCGGCAAGAGCAAGAUACCGCCCAAGAAGCUGAUGUUGGCAUGGCUACGGGCUGUCAUCCCAGAAUGCAACAUCGGCAACUUCACCUCCGACUGGAAUGACGGCGUAGCUCUCAGCGCCCUCAUCGACUACUGCCAGCCAGGUUUGAUGCCCGACUGGAGAAAACUCAAUCGCAACAACAAGUUUGAAAACUGUAACAAUGCAAUGCAUAUUGCCAAGGACUCUCUCAACAUUCCAAUGCUGGUGCGACCUGAGGAUUUUUGCUCACCCCAUCUUGAUGAACUGUCGGGUAUGACCUACCUGUCCUACUACAUGAUGCCUGAUUCUCCUGGGUACUAUGCUACACGCCGAGAGAUUCGCAAAAUAUUACAACAGGGUACCAUUGAUAAUUUCACUACUGACUGGAAUGAUGGAAGACUUCUCUGCAACUUAGUGAAGUCAGUGGGUGGAGAAGUGGUUGGAUGGCCACACUUCAGCAACAACAGUGUGGAGAACAUACAGAGAGGUCUUGAUGGUGGCAAACGCUUGGGAAUUGAGCCGAUUUUCGGUGCACAGGAAAUGGCUGAUCCAGAAGUGGAGCAUCUGGGUAUCAUGGCUUAUGCAGCUCACUACACAAAGUUCAGGCCUGUGAAAAUCUCACUGGUGUCUGCUUCCUUUAGUGGACACCUGGAAAAUGCACAUGUGGGACAAGAAAAAUCUUUCCAAAUUCAUUUGGAAGAGGGUUCACCAGAUGAUAUCCGGGCUGUGAUGAAGGGACCAAAUUCAAAUCCUCAAGUCCGAAUCAGCUGGAUAGGAAAGAUAGGCCAUAGCUCAUUUACUCCAGUAGAGACAGGCCCACAUAAGCUGGAUAUCACCUGCAAUGGGGAAUCCAUAUCUGGAUGUCCUGUCAACUUUCAAGUCACAUCAGAUCCUUCACGAGUUGUUUGCCACCCACCAGAACGUUGUGCCUUAGGCAUCAGCACAGAAUUAAAGGUGGAUGCGUCAUCUGCUGGUAAGGGGGACGUGCAAAUGGAAGCUAGAAGCCCCAGUGGUCAUAUGAAGAGUCUACCAGUUCGGCAUCAGCAGGGAAUGUACAUUGUAGAGUUCAACCCCACUGAAGUUGGGCUCUGGACAGUUUAUGCAAAAUAUGAUGGAGAACCUAUUAGAGGAAGUCCAUUCACUGUGAAUGUGUUCGAUCCAUCGCUAGUGAAGGUGUAUGGACUGGAAGGUGGAACUGUGGGCAGAGCCCUUACAUUCAACGCUGAUGCCACUCAGGCAGGAGAGGGAAAGUUGCAAGUAAAAGUGAUGCAUGCAGGCCAAGUCAUUCCCUCUCACAUUUCUGAGGCACGCUCAGGAGAAUACAAAGUUGACUUCACCCCCCAGGGAGCUGGGCAGUACAAAGUCAGUGUCUACAUGAAUGAUAUGGAGGUCAAAGGAUCUCCCUACACACUUGAUAUUGUUGACUCGUCACUCGUAACUUUAAGUGGAGAUGGAUUGAGUCUUGUCCCAGUGGAGCGCCCAGCCACUUUCACUGUCCAUACCAAGGGUGCAGGCAGUGGAAGCGUCAAUGUAGACAUUGUUGGUCCUGGCGGAACAAAGAUGCCAACCAAAAUCCGACAGAAAGAUUCACAAGCGUUUGAAGUGGAGUACAUACCUAAAGCAGCAGGGGACUACAAAAUUAAUGUGUUUUUUUAUGGCCAGUUGGUGAAAGGUUCACCCUUCACAUGUAAAGCCUAUGACAUGGGCAAACUACAGAUCAGCAACAUGCCAGAGUUUGCUUUGCCAGGAAAUCCAGUCACCUUCAACAUUGAUGCUUCUCAGGCAGGAUCAGGAAAUAUAGAAAUAAGAGUCAACGAAGGCAGGGUUGCGUGUAGCGUAGAAAACCUCGGCAAGCAUCGAUUCUUGGCAUCCUUUGUGCCUGAAAACUGCAAGCUGCAUGAGGUGGACAUGACAUUCAAUGAAAAGCCUAUAGAAGGCAGCCCAUGGAAAGUGAAAAUUAUAGACCCACAGUCUAUAAGGAUUGCCAGCUCUGGAAAGGAACUUGUGCCUGUAUUCCAGCAAACUUUUUUCACCAUCAUAUGUGGUGAUGCCCCUACAGAACUUGUCACAGUGCAGAUUACAGGUCCAAGUGGACAAAAGGUUCCGGUGAAAAUCAGCAACCAGGGCUCAUCAGCCUUGUAUGUGGAGUACACCCCAACAGAAAUUGGUACAUAUGUGAUAAAUGCUAGCCUGGCUGGUGUUCCCAUCAAGGGCUGUCCUUUCAAGGCCAAAACCUUUGACCCUAGGAAGGUCAAGGUGUCUAAGAUGCCAAUGGGUAUUGUUGGAGUCCCAUGCAAAUUUAAUGUGGAUGCAGCCACAGCUGGUGAAGGCACAAUGGAGAUUGCUAUAAGCAGCAAUGGACGAAAUAUUCCUAACCAAGCAAGGUCUAUUGGUAAUGGCCAGUUUGAAGUGUCUUUUGUGGGACGGCAGCCCCAAAGACAUGAGGCAGCCAUCACCUACAAUGGUCAUAAUGUGCCAGGCAGUCCCUUCUACAUUGACUUCCUUGAUGCUUCCCAGAUGAGAGCAUCAGGCGCUGGUUUAGGUCUAGUUCCAUGCAAUAAGCAUGCAGAGUUCCUUAUUCACACACCUGCACCAAACUUAAAGGAGCUAACAGUGGACGUAACAGGGCCUGACGGACGGCAUGUGCCCACAAGGCUGCAGGAUUCAGGCAAUGGGACAUAUGCUGUGGACUACACCCCAUCUGCUGUUGGCAUCCACAAAGUAGAGGUUGCCUAUGCUGGAGUGCCUAUUGGUGGCAGCCCUUACACAUCCCAAGUGUUUGAUUCUUCUCUAGUCAAGAUAUCUAAGAUAAGCCAAGGGUUCCUGGGAAAACCAGUCACAUUCUCAUUGGAUGCAAACAGUGCAGGCGAUGGAAAUUUGGAGAUCCAUGUAACUGCUGAUGGUGAAAGCGUUGCAAACUAUGUUCGUCAAGAAAGAGAUGCCUCAUUUAAAGUCACCUUCACCCCACAACGUCCUGUACGCCACAAGGUCAACAUAACUUUCAAUGGGGAGCAGAUUCCUGGCAGUCCAUUUACAUGUGAUGUCAUUGACACAGAAAACUUGGCACUGACAGGGGAUGGAAUUCGAAUGGCUCCAGCAAAUUCAACAACUUCCUUCAAAGUUGACCCAAAGGGCAGUGGUGACUUUGACCUCCGUGCAUGGGUUGUGUCUCCUAGUGGCCAUGAUGUUCCGGUGCGAAUAACAGGAAACCCCCAUUCUGCAUUUCGCAUUGAUUAUACGCCAGUGGAUGUGGGUACACACAAGGUGUAUGUGGAGUAUGGGGGUCAGGAAGUGCGUGGUAGCCCAUUUGAUGUUGAGAUUUUUGACCCAGCUCUUGUUCGUGUUAGUAGUCCUGGUCGUGCUUAUCUCGGCAAACCCAUACAAUUUCAUAUGGAUUCAUCACUGGCAGGACAAGGAAGAGUGGAAGCAGAAGUCAAAUGCAGAGGAGCUCUUGUUCCUUGUCAAGUGCGCGAUGUUGGCGGAGGCCGCUCAGAGUUGACCUUUACCCCUCGUGAUGCUAGUGCCCAUCUGGUCAACUUGAGCUUCAACGGCUUGCCACUGCCUGGAUCACCAUAUCAUCUUGAUGUGGUUGACAGUAGCAGCAUCAGCAUCAGUGGCGAAGGUCUGAAUUCAGCCAAAGUUUACCGGGAGACCUGGUUCAACCUUGACCUGCAUGGCAUGGAUGCUUCUGAUCUGGAUGUCCAAGUUACAGGUCCCUCAGGCAACCACAUCCCAUGUGGCAUCAGCCGCAAAGGUCACAUCUGCCGUGUUGAGUUUACCCCUAUGGAGCCAGGCCCCCACACCAUUGAUGCCUUAUUUGCUGGAUCCAGAAUUCAUGGAAGCCCUUUCACGUGUGAAGCCUAUGAUCCAAGCAGAGUACGCAUCACAGAUGUUGAUCGUACAGCCAAAAAAGAAAGGGAAAUAGGAUUCACCAUUGAUACAUCAGCUGCUGGAGUUGGGGAUCUUGAGGCUGUGGUGAAACACCAUGGUCACAUUGUGCCUACUCAGAGGCAGUCGCUGGGAGAUGGACGAUUCCAUUACACAUUUCUUCCUGGUGAUGUUGGCCAUUUUGAAGUGAACACAACUUUUAAUGGCGAUACAAUUCCUGGUUGUCCACUCAUUAUUAAUGUUGAAGAUGAGCUUCCAACAUUUAUAACCAUCAGUUUCCGUGGGGUGGAGCCUUUGAAUCUUCGUGGAAAGAAAGAUAGCUACUUUAUGCUUCACACAGAUGGCCACAAGAUUGAUUCAGAUCUUCUCAAUGUCAACAUUGAAGCUCCAACUGGUGAGCAGCUGGCAUCACGACUUGUGCAGCAGACAGAUGGAGACUACCGUGUUGAAUGGACGCCUAAACAAGCAGGACGACACUCUGUGGAUGUUAUGUUUGCUGGACAGCAGGUGAAGGGGAGCCCUUUCUACAUUGAAGUCUUUGAUGUGUCAAAGAUACGUGUUGACAACUUCUAUAAUGGAAAUGUUGGGGAGCCAGCUGGCUUCCAUGUGGACACAUCCCAUGCGGGUAAAUGUGAGCAGAUAGUUCGGGUGGUCAGCCCAUCUGGUCGCAACCUACCAGUUGAUAUUAAAGAAGGGAAGAAUUUCACUUACAAUGUGAGCUAUGUGCCAACUGAGAGUGGACAGCACCGUGUGUACCUUCUAUACAACAACAUAGAGUUCCCAGGGUGUCCUUUCACUCAGGAAGUAAGUGAAGGUGUGUUGCCCCCUGCCUAUGGUGAUGGACUGUACCGAGGAGAAGAGGACAAGACUGCUAUAUUUUACAUUGAUGCCAGGGGUAUGAGAGGGGAGCCCUCUGUGCAGGUGGAUGGUCCAAACUCAAUCGCCAAAUGCAGCAUUGACCCCCAGCCUGAUGGCCAGUAUGCUGUGACAUACAUACCUGUGGAGGUGGGCUUGUUUGAUGUUCAAGUCAAGUGGAAUGGCAAGGAGAUAUCUGGCUCUCCUUUCCACCCCAAAGUGGUGUGCGCUCGCAAGGUGCAGGUUGUAGGGGGCUGGCAGCACUACAUGGAUGCCAAGGAGCGAGUUCAUCUGGUCGUCAGUGAGGAAAAGCAUAUUCCUUUUGAUGUGUCGGAGGCAGGCCCUGGUAAGAUGACUGCAGAAGUCAAAGGCCCAGGUGGACUGCUCCCUGUAACUGUUGACAACAGUGUUGUAGGGCGCUCCACUAUUGUCUUUACUCCUCGAGAGGAAGGAGUACACAACAUUCAUGUGUACUGGUCUGACACACCCCUGGUGAACUCACCAUUUCAUGGCUUUGCUGUUGGUGGUGGUGCUGAUGCCAGUAAAGUCAUUCUGUCAGGCCGUGGCCUUAAAGAAGCUACUGUUAGGGAGGAAGCAGAGUUCCAGAUUGACGCCUCUCGUGCUGGGCCUGGUGAGCCUGAGGUACAGCUGACAGGAGUACGAGCAGAGGUCAACGUAUUUGUAACACCUCUUGGUGGAGGAAAGUUCCGCUGCACUUACAUUCCUGUCAUACCUGGUGCUUACCUGCUGCACAUCUCCUGGAAUGGCAGACAGCUGCGUGGCUCACCAUUUAAGGUGAAUGUUAUUGGUGCUGUCCACCCAGAUAAAGUAGUUGUCUCAGGAGAAGGGCUGAAAGGAGGGCUUCUGGGACGUGAUCUGGACGUCCGCAUCGACACUCGCAAGGCAGGGCCUGGAGAGCUAACUGCAUAUUGCAUGGGUCCAACAAGGGUGGCACACUGUGAGCUGGAAGACCAUCAGGAUGGAACAUUCCGCCUAGUUGUGCGGCCUCAAGAGGCCGGACGACAUGUGCUGCAAGUCAAAUAUGGUGGAGAGCAUGUGACUGGAAGUCCAUUUGCAUUUAAAGUCUCUGCGCAACCUGAUGCCAGCAAAGUGCGAGUGAGCGGCCCAGGGGUGGAAAAUGGUAUCCUAGCAACCUUCCAGAGCCGCUUUGUGGUGGAGACUCGUGGUGCUGGUGCUGGACAGCUGACAGUUCGAAUCCGAGGCCCCAAAGGUGCCUUCCAAGUGGAAAUGUACCGAGACAGCCAGAAGGAUCGCACAAUUUUGUGUCGCUAUGACCCAACAGAGACGGGCUUGUACAUGAUUAGUGUGCGGUGGUCAGGGCGAGACGUGCCAGGCUCACCAUUCCAUGUCAACAUUGUGGACACUCAAGCAGAGCUUGAGCAGCUUUUGCACGAGCAGUCAUACAGUACACCAAGCUUCCACAAUUCAAGUUUCAACUCUCGGGCAAGUGGUGGCUACCAGUGGCGUGAGGACAUGUAGAUGCAAGCUACACUUUGUGAAACUGUUAGUCUGAAAAAAAGGAGCUUUGGGCAGGAAUACUGCAUUUUUACUUCUAUUCCAACACACCUCAACAAGCGAGUCAUAUACAAUAGUUUCUAUAUAUAUAUAGAGUUUUGUUAACAUUUUUGAAAACAUCUUGUUUUGCCUGUCUGAUUUUGAUAUUGUAAGAAAUAAUAAUUACACUUUGUAUAUUUUAUUAACAUAA